AAAGACUCAGGGACUUCAGAUCGAGGCGAGAGGGAGUCGGUGCGAUCGGUCCCCCUCCCCUAUCUGAGUGCAUCGCUGUUUUUGCCGAGCCCGUGGGCAUCCCAGAGACCCCCUCCCCGGAGCGCGCCGGACUCCAGGGGCUGAAGCCUCCGGGGGCGCGGGGCCCUCGCAGGUCGCGGGCGCCCCAGGGGCGGGGCAGCCCCUGGCCCUGCCGCAGCCGCCGCCGCCGCCGCCGGCGGCGCCGGGCGAUCUCCAAGCGGCGAUCUCCAAGCGCUGCCCGGCUCGGCUGCGGGCCAGGAGAGGAGGGUCCGGCCCUGCCUGGCCUCCGCGCCAUGCCGCGGGCGGUGUGAGCCGCCGCGGGCUCCGAAGCCCGCAGGUGCCGGCGGGCGCGCCAGGCCUGGCUGGGAAGGGGGGCGCUGCACUCGCCAUGCUGCGGGGGCCUCGGGCCCUGGCUCCGGCAGCCGGGCCACCCCCAAAGGGGCUGCCCGCGAUGAGCCCCACGGAGCUGUGGUCGCCGGGCCUCAGCAGCCCCCAGCUCUGCCCGGCCACCACCGCCUACUACACCCAGCUGUAUCCACAGACUGUGCCUCCCGCGGCGGCGCCCGGCACCUGCCUCGACGCCACCCCCCACGGACCGGAGGGUCAAGCUGUGCGAUGCGUGCCGGCUGGCCGGCUGCCGGCCAAAAGGAAGCUGGACCUGGAGGGGAUCGGGAGGCCCACGGUCCCUGAAUUCCGGACUCCCAAGGGGAAGUGCAUUAGAGUGGAUGGCCUCCCCAGCCCCAAAACCCCCAAGUCCCCGGGGGAGAAGACUCGCUAUGACACAUCGCUGGGGCUGCUCACCAAGAAAUUCAUUUACCUCCUGAGUGAGUCUGAGGAUGGGGUUCUGGACCUGAACUGGGCUGCUGAGGUGCUGGACGUGCAGAAGCGGCGCAUCUACGACAUCACCAACGUGCUGGAGGGCAUCCAGCUCAUCCGCAAGAAGGCCAAGAACAACAUCCAGUGGGUAGGCAGGGGGCUGUUUGAAGACCCCACGCGGCCUGGGAAGCAGCAGCAGCUGGGGCAGGAGCUGAAGGAGCUGACGAGCAUGGAGCAGGCCCUGGACCAGCUCAUCCACAGCUGCUCUCUGAACUUCAAGCACCUGACGGAGGACAAGGCCAACAAAAGACUGGCCUACGUGACGUACCAGGACAUCCGUGCUGUGGGCAACUUUAAGGAGCAGACGGUGAUUGCAGUCAAGGCCCCUCCGCAGACGAGACUGGAGGUGCCUGACAGGAGUGAGGAGAACCUGCAGAUAUAUCUGAAGAGCACACAGGGGCCCAUCGAGGUCUACCUGUGCCCGGAAGAGGUGCAGGAGCCCCACAGUCCUGCCAAGGAGCCCCUCCCCUCCACUUCCACCCUCAGCCCUGGCCCUGACUCCACCCAGCCCAGCAGCAACAGCGACCCUGGGGUCACGGAACCCACGGCAUCCUCAGAGCCAGCGCUGACGUCCCCGCAGGUCCCGCCGCCACCCCCGCCGCCCCUUGUCCCCCUGGAGGCCACGGAGAACAUGCUGGAGCUCCCGCACCCGCUGCUGCAGCAGACAGAGGACCAGUUCCUGUCCCCGACGCUGCCCUGCAGCUCCCCUCUGAUCAGCUUCUCCCCGCCCUUAGACCAGGAUGACUACCUGUGGGGCCUGGAUGGCGGGGAGGGCAUCAGCGACCUCUUCGACACCUACGACCUCGGGGACCUGCUGAUUAACUGAAUUGGCGCUGCCUGCACCCCCCCACUCGCCCCGGGCAGCCCGGCCCGUUUCUACCUCCUCACAGGACGUGAGACAUGAGGUGCUGCCCUCAGAGUGGAAGGGUUCCCCCCGCCCCUUCCUUUCCUACCCACCUGCCAGUCGAUGCUGUCCUGGAGGAGGUGGAGGAUAUGGGGUGGGAGCCCAGCAGGGGUGAGGCCCUGUCCUUCCUCGUGGAAGCCGGGCCUGGGAAGACCUGGUCAGUCUCCUGAUCUCUGACCUCUCGCCUGAAGGGCUCUAGAGGAGGGGACUGGGUCCAAGGAGAGGCCCAUCGACUGCCUUUUUGAGGGGCCACUAGGUCCCUCAGUUUAUUGAGAAGCACUUAAUGCCUUUGUAUUUAUUGCAGGUUGAGUUUUGUUUGUCUGCCCUCCCUGAGUUUUAGCAGGGAGGUGGUUCUAGUUUCUAGUAAGACUGCUCCUCAGACAUGCCCAGCGCCGUCUGCUGUCCAAGGGCAGGCUGGGGGCUUCCAGGGGCCCAGGCCAAAUCCCCAUCUGCCCUCAACACGGCGGGCUGGGCCCGAGGGCCCAUCCAGUCUUCUGGAACGUCAAUUGCACUUCGGCCUCCUCACUCCAGCGAGAGGGAGCCGCUGGAUUCCCGUUCUCUGUCCCAGAGCUGGGGUUCCUGGUGGGGGGAGGUCAUCCCUGAAGAGCUCCUGGGGAAACAGGGGCAGGAACACAGAAGCGGGAAAUGUUGCUAUAGGCACCUUUGCUCUGUGGUUGCCUCUCACUGGGACAGGGGGCUGUUUAACACUGAAGACAUGGGAGGCAAAGGCAGCGUUACUGUAGACAAGGGUGAGAUGAAAAGAAGAAACUGCCAGAAAGUAGCUCUUGCGGUAGCUGCUGGUAUGGGCCUCCCCAUUCCCGGAAGCAUUUUUUUUUUUUUUUUGCCGCAUUCGUUGAAGGGGGUGAUUAAGGACCUCCCCUUGCCCCCAGCUCUCACACAGACCCCCCUAGAGACAAAAGUGACCAUGGCUUGAUGGCACGUUGGCUUCUUUUGUCACAGGAUGUUGAAAAGGUGACAGGGAAGUGUCUUCAUUGCAGACCAAACAUUGGCAGCUAACAAAUGGGGAUAUGUUUGUUUGUUUGAUUACAGUCAGAUUACCUCUUCAGGCUUGGGGUCCUAUUAAUAAGCCAGCCUUUUGACCUCCUCCCCAUUCCCCAGAGGCUGGACCAUCCCACAUUGUCCAUAUAGCCCGACUGGGUAGCGAGGAAUCAGCUCGUCUUCCCCAUCCAACUUGGGGUGGGGGUGCUCUGGGUGAAGCCAGGCUGUGCCUUCUGGGGAGAGGCAGUCCAGGGUGGUGGUGGUCUGAGAGCCACUACCCACCCACCCUCGGGCAGCUAGGUUUCCUCAGGGGCUCAGCAGGGCAGCACUUUUUUUGUUUUUUAAGUUUGUAGCAUUAAGUUGGUUUCAAAUAUGAAGUUGGCUCCGUGGGGUUGCUCCCGAGCUGACCUACUGGCAUCUGAAGUUUGGAAGGUGGGCUUCUUUGGGGGUGGGGUCUGAUGUGAGCUAAUGCCCAGCUGGGUACGGUCAGGCCUUGUCAUUGACCCAACUUCCUGGUCCUCAAGUCAGCACCCUCUCAGGAAUGGUCCCAGGUACUCCAGUCUAUAAACAGGGCCAAUUGUUUGCCUUUUACAGAGAUGCGUGUCACCUUCCCUCUCCAGAUACUCACAGGGGUCUCAGCAAAAGUCAGUUUGGAAGCCCAACAUGCCCAGGGCCAAGGGACUCCCCCCAGGCCCUUGGGUGGAGGGAAGGGGGUGCUUCCUGGGACCUGGUUUGGGGUGUGUGGGGCUGGAGAUGGCAUGACUGUUGUGAGGUGGUUUAGCCAUGUGCCAUCUCGGAGGAUGGAGACCUUUGACUUCCAUGCCUGGGGCGCUGGCUGGAGCUUUCUCCUAGAAUUAAAUCAGAGAAAAAAGGAGAAGAGGCUGGCAGGACCCACCAGGAAUGAAUCUAAUGAUGAAGUCCAGCCAGAAUUUAAGCUCAUUCCCCAAAAGCCCAGCCACAGGGCCGGACAGAGGGGCUGCCCCUUGGGCCCAUGGCCUGUAUCCAGAGCAGCUGUCCCCGCCCCCUCCCAUCCCGACCCCUCCACACCCAGCCUGGCCCAGGGCCUGGACCACCCGGGCCAAUCCUCAGGUUCCAGGCAGGAAACAAGUUGGUGCCUCUUUCUUGCCAGUGACGCCUGAAACCUCCCAAGUUCCAUCAAGUGCUUUAAAAAGCAUUUUGAGUGGAAUUCCCUUUAGGGGCCCAAUAAACUUUAAAGCCAGGGUAGAAGAAAAGCCAGUUUCUUUCUGAGGUACUUUAUUUCUGCCAGAAAAUUUUCCAGUCCCUCUGGCAGCCCCCCCAUCACUUAUGUUCCCAGGGGCACCUAAGGCGCAGGGGCUGCCGGGAACCCAGUAGCAUUAAGUCGUUUGGUAGAGUUGUUCUGAGAUUUGAAGACAUUUCUUAAAACCAGUGUAUCCUCCCUUCUCCACGGCCACACUGAGGUCUGAGCAGUGCGGCCACAGGGAAGAGGAGGACGGUGCAGCACAUUAAAGCUGGCUGUCCUUUGAUUUUGACUUCAUUUCUCCUUUCCAGGUGUUUGGUCUCAGUUCUGUGCCGUGUUUAGUUUUUAGUGAAAGAGUUUGGGUGUUCCUGUGUCCGAGCAUUGUGUGGCUUAACGCAUUUGAAGUGAAAGCCUUUUGGGGUUGUUUGCAAGCAGCUUUCUGGUUCUCGUCACUGCGUCCUGAAGUCCCCACCUCAUUUCUAGCUCCUCCAUCCUUGGGGCCCUCGAUGAGCAGAAACCCAGCCAGGCUGCUGGCUCCUGGGUGGGGCCUUGGACGUGACACCAGUGUCCAGAGGGAACCUGGUCCCUGCGCUGGGAUUCCAUGCGGGUCACUUACCUCCAGCCUGGUUUCCGGUCCUGCCUUGGUGAGCACCAUGUGAAACCUCAUGUUGUGAUGAUUGGGCAUUAAACGACAGAACUGGG